GACAUAACUGUUCCGAGUCUAUCGAGUUGUUUUUAAAAAUCGUUUAUAGUAGUUAAUUAACGCUGAUGUUAUAAAAAGAAUACAUAAUGAUUAGCUAAUUCCCUAAAAAGAAUCGUGAAACCGAAAAAGGAACGCUUAGAGGAAGCUCUAGAAUCUUUACGAAUGAAGCAACAGAUUUUGGCCGAGGCGCGAGCUAAACUCCGCGAGCUUAGCGAGAUGAUCGCCCGAUUGCAAAAAGAAUACGAUGAGAAAGUUGCACAAAAAGAUGAGCUCGAAAGGAAAUCGAGGAUGCUGCAGUUGAAACUGGAGAGAGCCGAAGCUCUGAUCACUGGUCUUUCAGGUGAGCGCGAGCGUUGGGAAGUGACGGUGGAGCGGUUAGACAAAGAAUUCGACAAUUUGCCAGGUGACUGCCUAAUCGCCACAGGAUUCGUGGCUUACCUUGGGCCAUUCGUCUCCGAGUACAGAGAGGCGCUUAUGAGUGAUUGGUUUAUGGAGGUAUAUAAUGAAAACGUACCUGUAACGAUGGACCUUUCGAUGAAAUAUUUCUUAUUAGAUGAUGCCACACUGAGAGAUUGGAAUUACAUGGGCUUACCUGACGACAACUUCAGUGCAGAGAAUGGUAUAAUCGUAGUCCGAGCGACGCGAUGGCCUUUGGCAAUUGAUCCUCAAGGGCAAGCGCUCAUAUGGAUCUCUAGAAUGGAAGAGAAAAAUGAUAUACAGAUUGUCGACUUUGGCCAACCAAAUUAUCUAAAGAUCAUGGAAACUUGCCUGACUGAGGGAAAGCCUGUCAUUGUACAAAACGUUGGUGAAGUAUUGGAUCCAUCUAUCGCUCCCAUUCUCGACAAGGCUAUUGUCGUCAUCGGAAGCUCUACGGUUAUCAAGUUUAACGAGAAAAUGGUGCCUUAUAAUACUAAUUUUAAAAUGUAUCUUACGACAAAGUUGGGCAAUCCAGUGUAUACACCGGAAACACUUACUAAAACAACGAUGGUGAAUUUUGCGGUGAAGGAACAAGGUCUGACUGCCCAACUCCUGGGCAUCGUGGUGCGUAAGGAGAGGCCACAGCUUGAGCAAAUGAAGGACACGUUGGUCAUGACCAUCGCUAAUAAUAAGAAAGUACUUAUGGACUUGGAGAAUGAUUUACUCCGCAUUAUGUACGAAUCCCAAGUGCCUUUGUUAGAGAACGAGGAGUUGUUUGUGACGCUACAGACGUCACAGAGGACUUCACUUGAAGUCAAGGAAGCACUCAUCACGUCACAAGAUACUGAAAAGGAGAUCGAUACCGCGAGGCAGGGUUACGUGCCUGUCGCGAUCAGAGCAUCCGUUCUUUUCUUUGCAUUGAACGAUCUCUCCCGCAUCGAUCCCAUGUAUCAGUUUUCCUUGGACGCAUAUAUCGAUUUAUUCAACUACUCCAUCGAUCGAAGUCCUAAGAGCACAGAGCUGGAAGAUCGCAUUAACAACCUCAACGAGUUUCAUACUUAUGCACUCUACAAGAACACUUGCCGUGCGCUAUUCGAGCGCCACAAGUUGCUGCUGUCCUUCCACAUCGUGUCUCGGAUCCUCUUCCAGAUGGGAAAGAUGAGCAUGCACGAAUACUUGUUCCUGCUUAAGGGUGGAGUGGUUUUGGAUAGAUCUGAACAACCAGAAAAUCCUACCAACUGGAUGCCGGACGAGUGCUGGGACAAUAUAACUGAAUUGGAUAAGCUACCCGGCUUUCACGGAGUUAUCGACUCCUUCGAAGUGUUUACCAAAGAGUGGAAGGAAUGGUAUCUAAACCCAGAACCUGAGCUUCAGCCGCUGGUCGGUGAUUGGAACGAUGUGUGCAACGAUUUUCAGCGAAUAUUAUUCGUUCGGUCUCUGCGAGUAGACCGCGUGUCCGCUUGUAUCACCACAUUCAUCAUCAACGUGCUCGGACCCAGAUAUGUGGAACCGCCUGUCCUGGAUAUCAAGGCGGCUUGGGAAGAGUCUUCAUGGAAGACCUCACUUUUGUUCGUGUUGUCACCGGGCGUAGACCCUACAGCAUCACUUAUUCAGCUAGCGAUAGACGUGAAGAUGUUCGACAAGUUCCAGUCGCUCAGUCUCGGACAAGGACAGGCACCUACUGCUGCCAGACUGAUGUCUCAGGGCAUGAAAGAAGGCGGCUGGGUGUUCUUGGCCAAUUGUCACUUGGCUUGCAUCUGGCUCGGCUCACUGCGUGGCCUGGACAACCCUCGCAUACAUCCCCGGUUUAGGCUCUGGCUUUCAUCGAUGCCCGACGACAAGUUUCCUCUCAACAUUCUACAGAGGUCCAUCAAAAUGACCACUGAACCACCUCAAGGUUUAAAAGGCAACAUGGUGAGGAUAUUCGCGAAUCUGAAUGAAGACAAGUUCGAUGAAGCGACACCCAAGUACAGACGGCUAUUGUAUUGCGUCGCCUUCUUCCACUGCACACUCAUAGCCAGGAAACGGUUCCGUCAGCUGGGCUACAACGCUGUAUACAGCUUCAAUGAUGCUGACUUUGAUGUAUCAGACAACCUACUAGCAAAUUACUUGGAUGAGUACGAGGAGGUACCGUGGGAUGCCUUGCGAUAUCUAUUUGCUAUCAUCAACUAUGGCGGCCAUAUUACCGAUGAUUGGGAUAAACGCGUCCUUGUUGCUUACAUAAACCAGUUCUUCUGCGAAGAAGCUUUGGAUACGCCUUUCUAUAGAUUGUCUUCAAUCCCUUCUUACCACAUCCCGCGUGAUGGCAGCCUGGAGUCGUACCGUGAUUUCCUCGAUCUUUUGCCACCAUCUGAGCGAGCAGAGUCUAUAGGACAGCACGCAUCUGCUGAUGUCGCAACCCUAGCGCAGGACGCAUUGAUAAUGUGCAGCACGCUGUUCGCCCUGGCGUCUACCGGAGGUGGAGGUGCUGGCGGUGGUGAAGACCAGAAGGUUGACGAGCUAGCACAAGAAAUGUUAACAAAAUUGCCAAAUAAGAUUGAUGUGGAGACAACAGAAAAGAUGAUGGGCCCCGAGAUAGUAAUGCCGAUGUGUGUGUCGCUCCUGCAGGAGAUUGGAUACUACAACGUACUCAUAUCUACUAUCACCGCAGGUUUGAAGGAAUUGCGCCGUGCUAUAGAAGGCCUAGUCGUAAUGUCGGAUAUGUUGGAAAUCAUGUAUUCGUGCAUAUUUGAAGGACGGGUACCCGAAUUUUGGCAAAAGGCACGCCCGUCGAUGAAGCCGCUGGGGUCGUGGUGCCGCGAGCUGUACCUGCGCGGCGCGCACGUGGCGGCGUGGGCCAACGCGCCGCGCGCGCCGCCCACGCUGUGCUGGCUGCCCGCGCUCGUCGCGCCCACCGGCUUCCUCACCGCCGUCAUGCAGACGACAGCCCGCGGUGAAGGCUGGCCCAUCGAUAGCCUUUGUUGGGAGUUUACUGUGAUGCCUCUAGAGGAAUCUUCCUUCGUACGCCCGCCUAGAGAUGGUGGUGUCUAUAUAAGGGGCCAGUACUUAGAAGGAGCGAGUUGGUUCAAGAAGGAGGGUUACUUACAAGAACCUCUUCCCAUGCAACUGGUAUUUCCAAUGUCGCCGAUACACUUUAAGCCGAUACGGGCCACCGGGAGAAGACUACGAAACCGAUACGUCUGUCCUUGUUAUUACUAUCCAUUACGUAAGGGAGCGUUUGUGGUGGCAGUGGAUCUACCAUCGGGCAAGGAGAGCUCUGAUUUCUGGGUCAAAAGAGGCACUGCCUUGCUCUGUACUCUGGCAUCUUAA